CACAACACACAUCUCUAAACCAUGAAAACUCCAACCAUUUCUUUGAUUCUUCUUCUCAUCUUGUCGUGCUCAUUGGCAGCGUCUGCAGCCGGUGACUUCCUACAGUGUCUUUCCGAGAAAUCCGACAACUACUCUUCGAUCUCCAAUGUUGUUUACACCUCAAAUAAUUCAUCUUACACUUCCAUUUUGAAAUAUUCCAUCUUCAACCUUAGAUUUGCUACGAACUCUACACCAAAGCCGCAGGCGAUCAUAACCCCAGAACACGAAUCUCAAAUACCGGCUAUCAUACACUGCGCUAAAGAAGCUUGCCUUGAAGUCAGGACUCGAAGUGGGGGCCAUGACUUCGAGGGACUAUCUUAUGUAUCACGAGUCCCGUUUGUGGUAAUUGAUUUGAUCAAUCUCAGUGAAAUUACCGUGGACGCCGAGUCAAAAACUGCGUGGGUUGAAGCUGGUGCCACCAUCGGCUCUUUGUAUUACAGAAUCGCAGAGAAAAGUCCGGUUCUUGGAUUUCCAGCAGGUGGUUGCCUAACUAUUGGUGUCGGGGGCCACUUCGGUGGAGGAGGCUACGGCUUAAUGCAGAGGAAGUAUGGCUUGGCUGCCGAUCAUGUGAUCGAUGCAAGAAUAGUCGACGUUAAUGGCAAAAUUCUUGAUAGAGAAUCAAUGGGCGAAGAUCUAUUCUGGGCCAUCAGAGGAGGUGGAGCUGCCAGUUUUGGCGUAGUUGUUGCCUGGAAGGUACAACUAGUGGAUGUUCCCAAAAAUGUCACUAUCUUCCAGGUCGACAGAACAUUAGAACAAAACGCAACUCAUCUCAUCCAUCGUUGGCAAUACAUCGCUCCCAACAUCGACAAAGAUUUGUUCAUCGGAGUCUUGACAUCCCGAUCGAGCAAUCGGACCGUCCUUGUCAGCUUCUUCGCACUCUACCUCGGCGGCAUCGACACAUUGCUCCCGCUCAUGCAGCAAAGCUUCCCCGAGCUAGGCCUAGUGAGGCAAAACUGCGCCGAGACGAGCUGGAUCCAAUCCACCCUCGCCUUCGGCGGCUACCCCAUCGAAACACCGUUGCAAAUCCUUCUCAACAGAACUCAACCCACAAAAGGAUUCGCCAAAGACAAAUCAAACUAUGUGAAGACACCAAUUCCUCAGCAUGCCUUUGAAGGCAUAUGGGAACACUUCUACAAAGCAGAAGCUAUGAGUGGUUUAUUCAUCCUCAUGAUGCCUUAUGGCGGGAAAAUGGCGGAGAUUUCCGAAUCCGCCAUUCCUUUUCCUCAUAGAGGCGGGAAUCUGUACCUGAUCAAUCAUGCCAUCGGUUGGUUAGAAGAAAAUGCCCGGGAUUCGGAGAGCUACGUAAGCUGGUCGAGGAGGAUUGACGAUUACUUGACUCCUUACGUUUCGAGUAAUCCGAGGGAAGCGUAUCUCAACUACAGAGAUCUCGACCUUGGAGUUAACAACGUUGUGGGGGAGACGAGCUACGAGCAAGCAAGUGUUUGGGGCAAGAGAUAUUUCAAGGACAAUUUUGAUCGUCUUGUUCGGGUGAAAACCAUGGUUGAUCCCGGGAAUUUCUUCAGAAACGAACAGAGCAUUCCGCCGUUGCAUUACUAGUGGAAAACAGGGGAUUGAGAAAUUAAAGAUUUAGGGAACACUGUGUAUGAUUAUGAAUAAGACGUUGUAAAAUUUGAGUUGUGUUGCUUUUCAUUAAUGUAAAUCAGUUGUUUAUUUUGUGAUUUGCUUUUCA